UUGCAUUGGAAUACUCAUGCAUAUCAUCUACCAGUCCACGAACACACAAUACACUGUUUGACAUACAACUUCCAGGUUUGUUGAGCAGCCUUUUGGGCAUUCAUAUCAAACCCAUCUUCCCAUUUUUCCCUCCCCCUUUUCCGGGCUUUUGAAGAUCUUCAGAUUUCUCUUUUCUUUUCCAUUCUCUGUAUGUGCUCCGAAACUAUGGACCAAAAACAAACCGAAGCUACCAUUUCUGAAUCUGAAGAGGUCAGCAGUAUUGAAUGGGAGUUCAUAAACAUGAGUGAACAAGAGGAAGAUCUCAUCUACAGAAUGUAUAGGCUCGUUGGUGAGAGGUGGGAUUUGAUAGCUGGGCGUCUUCCAGGCCGAAAACCAGAAGAAAUAGAGAGGUUUUGGAUAAUGAGACACCAUGAGGCGUUCGCAAAGAAGAGAAAAACUGCAUAGUACAAUAAAAACAUUCUAACACCUUCAGCUACCAACUUAUACAGAAAGCACAAAUACAGCCUAGUUGAUCCUCCAAGGCAAGUUUCUUUUAGCAUGGAGUUCAAAAGCCCUAUAAUGCCCUAUGCAGUUCAAAAGUACUGUGCCAAUAUAAUUAUUAUGAAUCUUGACAGCAUAUUUUGAAAGUCUAAUAAUAAGCUAAGGUGAAACUUCUCCCAUAAAAUCUAUCACGAUUCGUGCUUAUGCAAACAUCAAGAGAACACAGAACAUA